AUGUCAAAAAAAACUUCACCUCCAUUAUCCUUUUUGCCUCUCUAUAAUUUGUUUUCUGCUGUUGGUUGGUCCUAUUUGCUCUACCUGGUCAUUUCUCAGUACCCAAAAAUUGGUCAGCCAGCAUUCUUCUACCAAACAAAGAACAUUGCUACCAGUGUUCAAUGCGGUGCUAUUAUCGAGAUUGUGAACUCGUUAUUGGGAAUUGUGCGCUCUCCAUUGCUGACCACUGUUGCUCAAGUGUCGUCAAGAUUACUAGUUGUCCUUGGCAUCUUCCAAUUGUUGCCUAACACAAGUGGUGUUCAAUCAAUCAUUUACAUAACAUUAUUAUUAGCAUGGUCUAUAACUGAGAUCGUCAGGUACCUAUAUUAUUUUUUCACGUUGGUGUUUGAGAAUGGCGCACCAAAGAUCUUAGUUGUAUUGAGAUAUAAUUUAUUCUGGAUUUUGUACCCUACCGGAGUUGCCAGUGAGCUAAUCAUUAUUUACUGUGCUUUAAACGCUGCAGAAGCACAGUAUUCUUUGCUUUACAAGAGACUAUUGGUGACUGCGAUGCUCGCUUAUAUCCCAGGCUUCCCAAUGCUUUUCUUACACAUGGUGGCACAAAGAAAGAAGGUCAUGAAAAGUCUGAGAUCCUCAUUUGGAAAGAAACUAAUUUAA